GCUGUUCCGCAAACCGCAGUACCCGUCGUGCUCGCGCCAGUUCAGUCACUGUCGAAGCGACAGAAGACAGCGGCCGUUCAGGUUCGCCAGCGAGAUUAAUUCACGCCCGAGCCUGCGAGUCUUGUCGCUUCUCUUCGCGAGCUCUUCUUCUAGGUGUCAAAGACACAAUUUCUCAAAGAUAGUGCCAAUAACUGGUCAGGAAUCACAGAGCGACAGAUGGCAGUGAGCAUGGACGUAACGACGGAUAAAAAGGUUUGCAACAACAACAGCUACGGUGGAUCAGAAACAUGUCAGCUACCCACGUUCAAGUUGUGAAGUGGAGUUUUCCUGCUUUCGCGCUCAUAAUUGGCCUCCUCUGGUACAAACGGCGCCGAGUUGACAGAGGUGAUCCAGGUGGAUUUAUAAACUCCGAUCGUAGCGAUCGAACCCCCGUCGAUUGCCGAGAAGAACCAGCCACGUCGAAAGUCAACUCGAACUUGUACGACACCGACGUACACACGAAUGAAUCGUUCACGCUGAGUUCUUGCAGCAAGCCGACGGAUGAGACCGUUUGCAGUCCCAGAAAGCGAAGCGAGAGUCUAGAUAUUCCUCAGAGAAAGCCGGGCACGCACAGCUCAAGAUCAAAAACAUCUUCGAAAGACGAGGUAGCAUGGUACAACUACGCAGAUAAUACCACAUCCAGCAAAAUGGACAUACAGCUUGGUAGUAAUCCCAAGACAAGUAAUUUCGAGGCGAUCGCCAGAAGUAGAAGCGUCUCCUCUGUGGAGAGCGCAAUGGAGCCUAAUAGCAAAGUGAUGAAGAUAUUCGAGAACGUUACCGAAGAAGAAGAACAGAAGAUAGCUUGCGAGGUCAACUCACUGCAGCACGUUGAUAAGAAAGAGGCACAUAAAGUGAAUUACGAAUAUAGCUGCCAUCCAAAGAAGGAGCAACCUGAUGCCACCUCAUCCAAAAAUUGCGCCAAGAGUCCAACGCAAGUAUUAUCCGAAAGAGAUUCUGCUAAUCACAGUCCAGUUUCUGGCGUGUUGGAAGGCAGUGUCACAGACGAAGCUAGAAGCGAAGGAAGUACAGAUAGUGGUAAAGGUGGUAGUAUCGAGGAUCAUCUGAAAGAUGGUCCAACAUCAUACGAAUUUAAUAUACCACAACGACUGGUAGGAAAAUUACUUGGUGCCCGCCGUAGUUUCUUACAAACUAUACAAAUAAAAGCUAACGUGCACAUGGAACUGCGCUGUCAUCCUUCAUCGAGAGAUUUGAAAUUAUGUCAGAUAUCGGGACCACCAGAAGGGAUUAAAGUCGCUCUGGACAUGAUACGACAAAGGUUCCCAGAAAACAGAUAUCCGGACGUGAACCUUCAACAGGUUUUGCCGUUCAACGAAUGGCUUACAGAGUUAAUGCAGUUAUCCCUAGUGGGAGGAGUAAAUAACGAUGUUAUCGUAUGUCAUAUAGUUAAACCAAAUCGCCUUUUCGUACAACUUCCUACUCACCCCACAUACCCCUAUCUAUGGACCUUAGUUGACAGUAUGACAAAAUUAUACAACACGACAGAUUCACCUCCAGCUCCAAAAGAACUUAGCAGGGGCAUGAUCCUAGUAGCAAAUUGGCAACAUAAGUGGGUGAGGGCAUAUGUCGAGAAACCAGAUCCCAAUGGUGAACGGCAUUUAGUACGGCUAGUAGAUCACGGGGGUUACUGGUAUUUCAGUGACGUAGAAAUGAAAAAAAUUAGGUCAGAUUAUCUCACAUUGCCAUUCCAAGCAAUUGAAGUAUUGUUAGCAAAUGUACAGCCAACAAAUGGUGAGUGGUGUCAAGAGGCUUUCGACAUAGUUCUUCACAUGUGCAGCGGUGCUGUUAUCCAAGCUCAAAUCGAAGGCUACAUUAACAAUAGCAUAUAUGUUAAUCUUUAUCUUAAUAUUCAAAAGUACGGGGUGAUAUCUCUUGCUGAUGAAUUAAUAGUUCGCGAAUUAGCAUACCCGGUACCGCUAGAAUAUAUAGUUCCAGAAGACAGUGUAUCGGUUUCAUACAACAUGGUAUAAGAGUUUAGUCUUUAUUAAUUGAGUUGUAUAAAGAUGUAUCAUCUGGUGAUAAUACGUGAUUAUAUAAUAUUUUAGUCACUGUACGCGUGUAUCCGAAGCGAUUUUUCACACUCGGAGUUUUCAUGAUUCAUGAUUUCGUACUUCGGUAAUACGAUGUAGACCCUUCCUGGUGAUUGUUUAAAAAACAAUUCCGUCGAACUAUUUCGUAUAAGUAUAUUUAUUGAGCUGGCAAGGGAACAGAACGAACUAUAAUUCUGAUAUUCUGAUCGAGAGAAGGUGUUGGGGACGCAUUCUGAGACAAUUUCGACAAGUAAUAUGACGCAACUCACGUGAUUGACACACGACGACCGACUUUUUCACGUUGUUAACAAUUUAUUUUUCGGAAUCGGAGCAGUAUUGCGCCUAAACUUUCUUUAGGAGUUAUCUUCGGAAGCCUCCUCUACUUUUCGAAUAAAUACGAUCAAAGUGUUCGGAUUACAGCUCGAACAAGUGUCCUCUUGCGAAAUGGCUUCGAUAAUUAGAAACCAAAACGCUCACGUUUUAAGUUCGAAAAACAUGAGAACGAAACCCUAACUCUGAGACUGUUACUGAAAAAUAUGCAACUGACGGUUGCAUUUUGCAUAUUUAGAUUCCCCGUAAGCAGACUUUAAUCAUACCUUUGUAUAUAGUGUAACAAUAUUUCUUCAGUUAUAAAGUAUUUAUAAUAUACCUUAAUGAUAAUAAGAAUAGCGAGGAAAACGAAAAACGGAUAGGCGCUAGAUAACUCUACACGGUGAUAACGAUGACAAAAUUGAACAGUAGUUGAUUUAUAUAUUUUAUAUUUCUCAAGCACUGAUCAAAAGUGAUGAACAUUAUUAACAAUUGCAGACGAAUCGGGAAAUUCGCUUCUAAGAGAGACCGUAAUUUCUAUUACAGCCAAAAUUUACUCAUUCGAAACGUAAAUCAUUUAGUCGAUUAAGCUAUGCCAGAGAGACUUAUUUCGUCUAACUAUGCCAGAAAAUGUUAUUUUAAUUAUUUAAUUAAUUUCUUCUUUCCUUCGUUUUGUAUCCUGAUUGUUAUUAAAAUGAAAGAUAAUUAUAAAGCGCCGCGAUUCCUUUAAAAUUGGGGUCGCUGUUGUCUAAAAUUGUUGAAAACUGUAGUAUCGAUAUUAUCCUGUAUAAUUUAACGUUAGAGGCUUGUAUCUUAUAUAAUUAUGUAUAUGUUGGUCGGUUUGGCUGAGUUAUUUUCCAACAGUAAGAAAAACAGAAAAACAAUGUAUUAUAUUACAACUUCUUUUGUGUAAUGAUAACAUCUUCUCUCCUGGUUAUGCGGCAAAUAAAGUAAUUGUUACUUUUUUUUUGCUUCCCACAUCCCGGUUGAAGUGUCUUAUAAAAUGUAAUAUGACAUUUUAAACAGUUUGAUGCCAUUGGGCAUAUGAAAGAGCUGGUAAUCUUUUGGUAACAAUGUAGACGAUCGUACAAUAUAACAUUUAUAUUUCAUUGUAUAGUGUCCAACGAAUUAUCCUUUUUCGGGCGUUUCAUUUAUUCUUCGUAACGCUAAAUUGCAUUAAACGAAUUGUGGCAAUUAUUUAUAAGACAAAAUUACCACCGUUAGUGUGAUAAAAAGCAUAAAAAAUUCCUAAAGAAACAUGUAAGAAGUGUCAUUUGUAAUUGGUACUAGUACCGAGUGAAAAGAAAAAAAAGCACAUGUCGAAAAUUGUUACAUGUUAAUACUUAUUGAUGUUGAUACCUAAUCAUAAUAGAAUUGUUUUUCUAUGAAUAUACAUAGGACGCAGUUAUUAAAAGCCAUCAUUGUUCAACCGUGUGUAUGCUUCAUGAUAAACGUUUUAUAUUUAUCAAUACAAUAUGUUCCAUAAAUGUGUCGCAACGAAAAUUGUUACACAGAUGUUUUAUUUUUAAUAUUGAAUAUACGUUUCUAAUCAGAAAUAGUACAAUCAAUAAUUUUGUCUCAUUCGAUUCUUAAUAAUAGCAUGCUCAUGUUGUGUAUGUGCAUAAAACAUGUGCACAACGGCAACAUUCGGAUCCAAUCGUGUUUCUUACAACUUCAUUUAUCAUUAUCUACUAAAUUAAGCUCAUUUUGUAUAUACCUCAAUGUACCCUCUGGCAUUCUCAUUAAAUUUGUAUCAUUUUAA